UCCUGUCAGUACAUAUCUCUCCCUAGCAGAAUCCUGGCUCUGGAUCCGAGAGUGGGCAUUAGUAGUUCUGGAAAACAAAAAAUGACAUCAUAUACAGACAAAGGAGAAAAGCAUGAAAGGGGUCGAUUCGUGAAAUUCCACCAUGUCACCUUUUGGGUAGGAAACGCCAAACAAGCGGCGGUCUUUUACUGUGACAAGAUGGGGUUUGAGCCUGCAGCCUACAAAGGACUGGAGACCGGGAAUCGAGAUAUAGUAUCGCAUGUUAUCAAGCAGGACAAGAUCACGUUUGUUUUCCAGUCUCCACUGAACCCUGGCAAUGAAGAAUUCGGAGAACAUCUAGUAAAACAUGGCGAUGGAGUUAAAGACAUUGCAUUCCAGGUAGAGGACUGUGACUACAUAGUGCAGAAAGCCAGAGAAAGAGGUGCAGUGAUCGUCAAGGAGCCCUGGGUAGAGCAGGAUCAGCAUGGAGAAGUGAAGUUUGCGAUCAUCCAGACUUAUGGAGACACCACCCACACUCUGGUGGAGUACCUGGGGCCCUACAAAGGUCUCUUCCUGCCUGGGUACGGGAAGCCCAUGUUCACAGACCCUCUCCUACCCAAACUGCCACCAGGUUGUCUCAGUUUUAUUGAUCACGUUGUUGGAAACCAGCCAGACAAUGACAUGGUGCCAGUAUCGGACUGGUACCAGCAGUGCCUCCUCUUCCAUCGGUUCUGGUCCAUAGAUGACAAGCAGAUCCACACAGAGUACAGCGCCCUGAGGUCCAUUGUGGUCACCAACUAUGAAGAGACUAUUAAGAUGCCAAUCAAUGAACCAGCUCCCGGGAAGAAGAAAUCUCAAAUUCAGGAGUAUGUGGAUUAUUAUGGAGGACCAGGAGUCCAGCACAUCGCCCUCAAUACCUCAAACAUCAUCCAGGCUAUUAUCAAUCUCAAAGCCCGAGGGAUGGAGUUUCUCCAAACUCCCGACAGCUACUACGAUUUGCUUCGGGAAAAUCUGAAAACGGCAAAAAUCAAAGUAAAGGAAGACCUUAAGAAAUUACAGGAGCUGAAGAUCCUGGUGGACUUUGACGACAAGGGGUACCUUCUGCAGAUCUUCACUAAACCAGUCCAGGACCGCCCCACCCUCUUCCUGGAGGUCAUUCAGCGAUACAAUCACUUUGGCUUUGGAGCUGGCAAUUUCAAGUCUCUAUUUGAAGCGAUUGAGAAAGACCAAGAUGCAAGAGGAAACCUGACAGUGUUAACUUCGGAGGGGCAGCCCAAGUCUUUCUAUUAACGUUGACCACAGCGAACACCUUCUAUAGCAUCAGCGUUCACCCAGCUCAUGUAAACAGGUCUGCUUUGAGAAAUGAUCAAGAAGCGUGAUAAUACAGGAUUGUCUCAGUUAUUACCUAUUCAUAUUCUGUAUCCAUCUGCAGCCUGGCAGGAAGCUCGACAUGUACAUGGUGGCAUUAAAUUGCUUCCCCACUGAUUCACUUAGCUGUGGUGCCUAGUUCCAUAUUUUGGUGUUGCGUAGGGGAACAGUUUUGCUGUUGCAUUUUACCUGUAAUGUUUAAUUCCAGGCUCAAUAAUGACAGAUAGAAUAUGUGAAUGUGUAUAAAACACUGCAAUACAAA